AUGAGAGUCUGGCUCCAUGGAAACCUCAGCAACGCCACCGUCUCCGACUUUGCCGAGCUCCUCAAGUCGUGUGGGAAUGCCAGGGACUUACUCCUCGGCAGCCAUCUCCACUCGAGCAUCCGGCAGAGCCCACACAGGAGCAACAGAUAUCUCGCCAACCUGCUCGUCCAGAUGUAUGGCAAAUGCCACAGCCUCGACGCUGCUCGCUCGGUCUUCGACUCAAUCUUUCAGCCCAACGUCUACUCGUGGAACAUCAUCAUCUCGGCCUAUGCCCAGAACGGGAACUUCGCCACCGCCAGGUGCUUGUUCGAGAGAAUGGGACAGCGUGACAUAGUCUCCUGGUCUUCCAUCGUCCAAGGCUAUGCCCAGCUCGGGGAGCUCGAUCCGGCGAAGCUCCUGUUCGACCGGAUGCCUCAACGGGACGUGGUUUCCUGGACAGCGAUGAUGGCCACCUAUGCCCAAGCCGGGCAUCUCGACGAGUCGAAGCGGAUGUUCGACGCCAUGCCCGAGCUCAACUUCGUCUCGUGGUCCGCGAUCGUCACAGCGUACUCUCAAGCCGACCGUCCCGCCGAGGCAAGAGCAACGUUUGAGAAGAUGUCCCGGCACGAGCUGAUAUCGUGCACUGCGAUGAUCCAGGCGUAUGCCCAGCUCGGGCAUCUCCACAAGUCGAGGCUCGUCUUUCACAGCAUGCUGAGCCGGACGGUGGUGUCGUGCACAGCGAUGCUGGGAGCCUACUCGCAGCACGGCGACCUCCACAGCGCGGCCAGCGUCUUCGACCGGGUGCCUGAGUGGGACGUGGUGUGCUUCAACUCGAUGAUCCAGGCAUACGCAGUGAGCAAGAGGGUGGUCCAGGCCAAAGAGCUCUUCGACCGAAUCCCAGAGCCGGACGUGGUGUCGUGGAACGCAGUGAUCGCAGCCUUCUCCAGCAACGGGCAGCUGGAUCAAGCCAGGGAGCUCUUCGGUCUGAUGUCGGGGAGGGACGUGGUGUCGUGGAACGCGAUGGUUUCUGCGAAUGCCGAGGCCGGGUGCUUGAGCCAGGCUCGUGGGCUUUUCGAGGCGAUGCCGGAGAGUGACAGGAUCUCGUGGACGACCAUGAUCCAGGCGUAUGCUCAGGCCGGGGAGCUCGAGUCGGCCAAGCUUCUGUUCGAGAGGAUGCCGGAGCCAACGUCGGUUGCCAAGACCGCGAUGCUGACGGCGUUCGCGCAGCACGGCGAGCUGGAUCGAGCCAAGAUGAUCUUCGACGGGGUGGCGGACAGGGAUGCGGUCACCUGGACAGCGAUGAUCCUGGCCUACGCGCACAACCGGCAGCUCUCGGCGGCAGUGGAGCUCUUUGAGACGAUGCCGGUUCAUCACAAGAGCUUGGUACUGCCUUGGAACGCCAUGAUCGCGAUCUUCUGCCAGCACGGGCUUGUGGAUCGAGGCAAGGAGCUGUUCGAUGCCAUGCCAGUGCGCGACACGGUGUCGUGGAACGGGAUGAUCGCGGCGUAUGCUCGCACCGCUCGCUACAAGGAGUCGCUGGAGCUGUUCCGGGUGAUGGAGCUGGAGGGCAUGGAGGCGGACGCGGUGACGAUGGUUUCGAUCCUCACGUCGGCCAGCCACGUCGGGAAGAUGGCGCAGGGGGUGCGCCAGUUUCGAGCGAUGAUCCAGGAUCACGCCAUCGUCCCAGUGGUGGAGCACUACCAUUGCGUGCUGGACGCGCUGGGGCGGGCCGGGAGGCUCCAGGAGGCCGAGGAGCUCAUACUUGGCAUGCCGUUUCUUCCUGAUCUUGUGUCCUGGACGAUCUUGCUGAGCGCAUGUAAGACGCAUAGUGACCGUGCUAGAGCUGAGAGGGCCUCCAAGUUUGUGCUCCUCCAUCGCCAAGCUCUUGAUACUCCCUACACGCUCUUGUCUAACAUCUAUGCAGAGAACUCCAGUUGUGCUUAA